UCAGUCACGUCAGGGAGCAUAUUAGCACACGAAAUUAAACGAAUAAGGGAAGUCGCAUGACAAUAUACAGUUUCGUAUGUGUCCCCUUUGAAAACAUGAGCUGCAGUUGUCCAAUAAAUGGUGUUAUAGAGAGAAGUUUUCAGACGGUCGAGCUCUUCAUCUCCGGAUCUGUCAAGCUUAAGGAUUUUGUACAAUGCAAGCGUGAGCAAAGCUGGGGGCUACACCGCAGGCCAAAACUGAGUCUAAGAUUACGAUAGCCGACCACAGUAAAGUUUCCAUUCUCCACGUCUCUGAACCAAAGAAACAUAAGCCGAUUGUGGUCAUGCUCUAGUAAUUUAAUGGUGGAACAGACAUUAUAUGUAGUCAAAACCUUCAAUGCUGAUUGGCUGUUUACAACAGGCCUCACGUCCCCCAACCCCCACUCCUCAUGAGGCCGUGGACAAUCCCCCACUCCCCUACCGGGGAGAGCUUCGAGGCCCCCAGCGACACCCCGGGGUGCAUCUCCGUCGCGGUCUUCCCGACGGCACCAGCGCUUGUCAAUCUAGACACGAAGCCGUACUCGGGCGCCCACGUCGAAGUAUUCAGGAUAAUUAUGCACGCCCUCAAGUGGUGCUACAACUUCGUGGCCGUACCUGACCGGACUGUGGGCAUGGAGACGAACGGCUCCUACAACGGGGCGACGGGCAUGGUGCAGCGCAGGGAAGUUGACAUGAUGCUCGGGCCAGUAUCAGUGUACCUCUACAGGUCGGAAGUACUGGACUAUGCCCCAGCCUUCUUUAAGAUUGAUAACUACUACCUCUACCGCCGCAUCACUAGCAUCCAGCCUGACGUCCUCAUAUUCACAAAGCCAUUCAUGUUCGAGGUUUGGGUUUGCGUGCUGCUGUCGGUGCUGAUUGUCGGAGUGGUGGCUGGGUUGCUGGGGCUUGCUGUAUCCCGCUUUAUAGCUCGCGGUGGCCAUACUACCGGUCGCCCGGGUUCCGUGUCGAAGAUUGAUAUUGGCUCUCGAGGCUUCAUGUGGGCGCUGCAGAUAUUUCUGUCACAAGAUUCGAAACACUCGCCCGGCUGGAAGGCGGGCCGAACGCUUGGUGCCUUCUGGCUCCUCGUGAGCUUCAUGAUCGGUGCCAUGUACAAGUGUAACCUCAGCGCCAUCCUCAUCAACGAUAAGAUCAAACUACCGUUCAGCACGGACGAGGAGUUCGUCAGCCAGAAGGACUACAAACUGACGUGGAUCGCCGGCCAGAUCUAUGGCCCUUACUUCGAGGGGAUUGCGAAGACCGAACCGAAGCACGUCUUCGGCAAGCUGUGGGCGCUCAGAGACGGUAACCCGCCGCUGACGGCAGACGUCGUUGACAGGGUCCUCAAUGAGAGAGUUGCGGCGGUUGUCCCUUCGCUGUGGUCCAAAAGUUUCAUGGCUGAUGACUUCUCAAAGUACGGCAACUGUCGCCUAGCUUCGGUCAAGUCGAACUUGGUGCCGCUGUACAUGACAUUUGGAUAUCCCAAAAAUUCGCCUCUCAAGAAUGCCAUGGACCUCAUGUCUUUGCGUGUGAUCGAGACUGGCCUGCCGGAUUAUCUCCUGAAGAAGAAAAUCUGGAAUUCGACCUGGUGCACCAAGACUGAUAAUAAUCUCAGCGAAUCGCGGGCUCUGACAGUUAAGGACUUCCUUGGGAUCUUUCUCGUCUAUGGCAUCGGCGUCGCUGUAGCUUCUGUGGUCUUUGCUGUGGAGGUGAUGACGAAGCGCAGCGCCAGGCGGCAGCAGUGAGGCGGCAACCCUACGGAUGACGAACUAACUAACGGACUUUCUGGAUACCCAUACACAUAACACCAUGAAGCCAUUGUGUACACAAUAAUCACGAUAGAAAAAUUAUUCAUUAGCCACAUCUUUCAUUAUUGGAACUUUUCCUCGAGUUCCCGAUAAAUAAAUCUGCUCAAUCGUGCUCAAUACUUUGCAUGAAGUUCUGCAAAAUUCAUUACCGACAGCUGAAUUAUGACGCAAACCAAUGUUCGUGCACUUGAAUACAACAUAAAUGUAAUUGAUCAAAACGAGAAUAUCGCUUAUUCCUGUUAUAUAAAUAAAGGACCACGAAUCUAUUUUUUUAAUUUGAUUAUUGAAAGAACCGAAUCGGUAAUUCAUUCAGCGGCUAUAUUUUCCUACUGAUGUUGAUUAUUACUCAACUUGUAAGUCGAGUCCCAGUGAGCAUAAAAAUUACUAUUGUUGAACGGCUAAUUCAUUUAUUAUUAACAUGAAAAGAUUCACCAACACCGCAAUAAAUUUGC